GAGCAGAGCCGGGCGCCGCGGGAGCGCCGGGGGCGCGGCCGGAGCGCGGCGGGCGCAGGAACCCGCGAGCGCCGGGCUGGCGGCGCGCGGAGCCGCCUCCUCGGCCGCCUCUCCCUGCGGCUGCGGGCUCGGAGUCCCGGGCGCGCGGCGCUGGCGCCAUGUACACCUUCGUGGUGCGCGACGAGAACAGCAGCGUCUACGCCGAGGUCUCCCGCCUGCUGCUGGCCACCGGCUACUGGAAGCGGCUGCGGCGGGACAACCCCCGGUUCAACUUGAUGCUGGGCGAAAGAAACCGGCUGCCCUUCGGGAGACUGGGUCACGAGCCUGGGCUGAUGCAGUUGGUGAAUUAUUACCGGGGGGCUGAUAAACUGUGCCGCAAAGCUUCCUUAGUGAAACUAAUCAAGACAAGCCCGGAACUGGCUGAGUCAAGCACGUGGUUCCCGGAGUCCUAUGUGAUUUAUCCAACCAAUCUCAAUACCCCAGUCGCUCCGGCACAGAACGGAAUCCACCUCCCCGUCAAUAACACAAGGACAGACGAAAGGGAAUUCUUCUUGGCUUCUUACAACAAAAAGAAGGACAAGGGGGAAGGCAACGUUUGGAUUGCAAAGUCGUCAGCAGGUGCCAAAGGUGAGGGCAUCCUCAUCUCCUCGGAAGCUACAGAACUUCUGGAUUUCAUAGACAACCAGGGCCAGGUGCACGUGAUCCAGAAGUACCUCGAGCGCCCCCUGCUCCUCGAGCCCGGACACCGCAAGUUCGACAUUCGGAGCUGGGUCUUGGUGGAUCAUCAGUAUAACAUCUACCUCUACAGAGAGGGAGUGCUUCGAACUGCUUCAGAACCCUAUCAUGUUGAUAAUUUCCAGGAUAAAACCUGCCAUUUGACCAAUCACUGCAUUCAAAAGGAGUACUCAAAAAACUAUGGCAAGUAUGAAGAAGGGAACGAAAUGUUCUUUGAAGAGUUCAAUCGGUACCUAACAAGUACUUUGAAUGUCACACUGGAGAGUACUAUCUUACUCCAAAUCAAGCAUAUAAUAAGAAGCUGCCUUCUGAGUGUGGAGCCUGCCAUCAGCACCAAGUACCUCCCAUACCAGAGCUUCCAGCUCUUCGGCUUUGACUUCAUGGUGGACGAGGAGCUGAAAGUCUGGCUCAUUGAGGUCAAUGGCGCCCCAGCUUGUGCUCAGAAGCUUUAUGCAGAACUGUGCCAGGGCAUCGUGGACAUAGCCAUAUCCAGUGUCUUCCUGCCUCCAGAGGAAGAGCAGCCGCCGAUCCCUCCAGCUGCCUUCAUCAAGCUGUGACGUGCCUCUGCAGCAGAAGCAACCCUGGGGGUCUGCCUGUAGGGGCGAGUGGGGCGAGGCCCAGCGCUUGGGGGCCAGGGAACUUGAAGAGAAAGAAGGCAGCUUCCUCCCCAAGGAGUGGGGGAGACGGGCCAACAACGACUGAGAUUUGAAAACGGGGGCAAAUUUCUUCAAGGGGGGAAAACAAAAUAGAACAAAAUAUUCUUCUGGGUGAGGGAGGAGGGGACUGACCAUGGAGCUGCCCCAUCCUUUUAAGCAGCACCAGAUCUACUUCCACAGCAGCCUCCCCAGGCUUGUGGCCCACUGCGCCGCCGCCAAUAGUUGAUAUUUCUUCUGCCCGCUGCAGCCUUAGUGCCUUACCCCCUACCUCCACCCCAUGUUACCCUUCAGUUCUGGGGCACAGAUGGGAUGUUAGAACGUUCUGGAAGUUGCUGGUGUGUUCCCGGCUCAGCCCCCACCCCAACACAAUGCAGCACCGCGAGAAUUGGGACAAGCAUGCACCAACGGUCCUUGGCCUUGUGUGUCACCUUACUCCAGGCACCUAGAAGUGCUGGGGUGGGCUGGACAUGAGGCCACAGAGGCUGCCCGUGGUCUGCUCCCUGCAUGUGUCAGACACUGUGAGAAAGCCCCCCUCCAGCCUCUGAGCAUCCAAUAAGCAUGAGAGAGAGAGAAAACAGGAUGUCUUGCUGUCUUACUGAUGUGGAGAGGGUGGGGCUUUGAGAUAUGGCUCUCAGUUCUCUGUGUUCCAGUCUGAACUCUGCACUUUUUCUAUAAGCUCCUUUCCCUCUUUUUGUUUGUUUUGACUUUAAAACAAACCAACAACAACCCUCUGGUGUGGGUCAAGGAAAAGGCAACACCCUACUUCCUGGCUGUGCUUCCUGGUUGGCCGAAGGAUCUUCCUGUGAGACAGAGGGAGCUUCCUUCAGGCGCAGGGGAGCUUUUGGGCCCUUUAGUUCUUCCAGACAACUUCUGCAGAUUUCAUAGGGGGUUGGGGAACAAAACGAAAAUUAUUGACUAGCCAGUCUAGGUAUAGGGAGUAAAGGCAUGAUGUCAGGGGAUGUUGAGGAAGGCUCAUUUGGCUCGGGCUGAAUGGGAAAAAUGCUUUUCUAGAACAAAAGCCCUAGUGAGUGAGUGCCCAGAAUAGAGAAGGUGUAAUUGGCAUCAAGAGCAAAAUGAAAUGAUGUGUGGUCAGGGUCGGUCCUGGAGGCCCAGUACAGUCAAAAGGCAUUUGGGGACUUGUGGGCAUUUAACAGGAACCCACAGCUAUGGAGAAAUGUGGGGAAUUGGGUUCUUGGCAGGUUCUGCAUAAAGACAGGUUUGUGUGAUAGGCCAGGCCGAAUCUAUACAAUUCUAGAAUUGUUUGGCUCCCACAGUGCUGACUCAGAAGCCAGGCACCGGAAUUCUUAGGACCUUGGCAGAUUUUCUGAGAAACACGAAUCCAAGAAAAUGAGUGACAGGUGUGAGCAGUCAGACCUUUGAAAGGAAGUCAUCCCUCUCAUUGUGUUGUGUUGGGUGCAUGUUUCCAGUUGGAUGGCACGGGGGAUGGUCAGCACAGAACUGGCCCAGGCCCUUCCAUGAUGCCCUCGGCACAGGCAUUCAGCCCUCACUCCCUAGCUGCUCUCUAUGUGUGGUCCAUGUUGUAUUGCCCAUCGCUGCAGGGGGUGUUGUGGAUUUGUGGGUGUCAGUUCCCAACUUGGCUCUGUCUUUGGGCUGCAUGGCAUUAGAGGAGCCUGCUAGUCUCUCCGUGCCUUAGUUUCUUAUCCUGUGGAAGUGAUCAUUUCCUGACCCAUGGACUACCUCAGGGGUUUUUGAUGAGGACAGGUGAGAUUAGGGUGACACCAGAACCUUCAGUGUCAAGGUUCUUCAUGCAGACCAUCUGCUGGAAAUCACCGGGCAAGCUUCAUUUUUUGGUUUGUUUGUUUGUUUGUUUUAAUGCUGGAGUCUGCAUGUUUCCUCCCGCCCCUGUCGAGUGAAGUCGGAGUCUCGGGCCUCAGCAUGCUUCAAGACAUCUGCUCAGGAAGGAAGGACAAGCCUUGUCUUCAAAGAAUCAAGCCAGGGUGAGGGCUCUAAAUUGGCUUCUUUGGAAAGGGUAGGCACUUGUUAGAGAAUGACGCUGUUGACGUGUAUUUCUGCACUAUCUAAGCAGCUUCUCUUUGCUUCUCAUUAUCGCAUCUGGAAACAUAGGCAUGCUUCCCCUCCCACCAACAGUCCAGGAAUCCUUGACAACAAAUGUAAACAGAUGUGAACUCAUAGACCCACUGAAGGGGUGUCAAAGUUACCCAUGAAUCAUGAGAAAAGCCCCUUCUUACACAGAGAAUGCCUGUGGUCAGCACAUACUCCGUUUUCUCCAGACCGCUGAAGUGUCUCCGUGUACCUGGCAUGCUGUACUAAGUGUGCUAAGUGUGCUUCAGUCUCCACCAGUCUGGAGAGUCUCAGAAAGCUGGAAGGGAUGAGUCCAACCUGCAGGAGGCAGUGAAGUUAACAUGAAGUUAACAUGCAGGGACUUGGCAGGGAAUGGCUUUGCAGUGAUCAUGGUGGGCGCCUGUACUGAAGAGGACAGGUGACAAUGGAACUCCUCCAGCACUGGGGUGCUGUGGAGAGAACUCAGUGAUAUCUUUGUCUCUGAUCCUGGACAUAAUUGGUGCUUUAGAAGAAAUGAACUUCUGAAGUGCAAGGUGAUUUUAUGAAUGUCUAAAAUGCCUGGAGCAUUAAAGUUAACAAUCUUUCAA